GAGAAGAAGAAGUCGCGUCAGCUGACCAUCAAAAAGUUUAUUUACUUCCGGUGUUUCGUUGCCAUUUAAUGACAAAGUACCGAAGUUCGAGCCCGGCAUCAAAGAUGGAGUCCAGCGAGGAGGGGGGCCUCAGUGUCGGCGGAGAGGAGAACUAUUUCCAAGGCUACACCUUCACCGACCGCUCCCACUCCAGCCGCGUGGUUAAGAGCAUCAUGGAUUUGUGUUUAGAAGACGGCCUGUUUGCUGAUGUCACCGUCACUGUGGACAGCAAAGAGUUCCACUUACACCGACUCGUGCUGUCAGCACAGAGCAGUUUCUUCCGAUCCAUGUUCACCUCCAACCUCAAAGAGUCACGCAACCGUGCAAUUGAACUGAAGGAUGUAAGCGCCGCUGUCUUCCAGCUGCUGAUUGACUACAUCUACCAUGGCACCAUUAAACUGAGGGUGGAAGAGCUGCAGGACACCUAUGAGAUGGCAGACAUGUACCAGUUAACUGCUCUUUUUGAGGAAUGUUCUCGCUUUCUUUCACGGACAGUAGAGGUCAAGAAUUGUCUACAGGUGAUGUGGCUUGCAGACAGGCACAGUGACCAGGAGUUGUACACCUCUGCUAAACACUGCGCUAAAAUCCACUUGUCCCAACUUCAUCUAACAGAAGAAUUCCUCAAUUUGCCUCUCUGUUUACUCUUGGACAUCAUUAAAGAUGGCGUUCCAAGCUCCCAGAAUCCAACUGUGGCUAUUGAGUCAUGGAUAAAUCACAACAAGGUGGAAAGAGAGGAGUUUGCAUGUAUUCUUCAAGAAAAUCUGAAGGAAAUUGGUGAGAAUGUUCACAUUUACCUGAUCGGUAAAGAAGACACGAGGACUCACUCCCUAGCUGUGUCGCUUCACUGCGACGAGGACGACGCCAUCAGCGUUAGCGGCCAGAACAGUUUAUGCCACCAGAUCACUGCCGCUUGCAAGCACGGAGGUGACCUCUACGUGGUGGGCGGUUCCAUCCCCCGACGCAUGUGGAAGUGCAACAUGCACACCAUGGACUGGGAGCGUUGCGCGCCCCUUCCCAGAGACCGUCUCCACCACACUAUGGUGUCGGUGUCGAGCGAGGAUGCCAUCUACUCGCUAGGUGGUAAGACACUACAAGACACGCUCUCUAACGCCAUCAUCUACUACACGGUGAAGGACAACAUGUGGACAGAGACCAGCCAGCUGGACACGGCGGUGUCAGGAGCUGCCGGUGUCAACUUGGGAGGUACUAUCUACCUGCUUGGGGGGGAGGAGAAUGACAUGGACUUCUUCACCAAGCCGUCACGCCUCAUUCAGUGUUUUGAUACAGCGUCACAGAAGUGUCAGAUAAAACCAUAUAUGCUGCCGUUUGCCGGGUGCAUGCACGCCGCCGUCCACAUGGAUGUCAUCUUCAUCGUCGGGGAAGGAGACUCGCUGGUUUGCUACAACCCUUUAUUGGAAAGCUUUACCCGCUUACGUUUCCCUGAAGCGUGGAGCUGCGUUCCUUCUCUGUGGAAAGUAGCCAGCUGCAACGGCUGCAUCUACGUUUUCAGGGACAAAUGUAAGAAAGGCGACGCAAACACGUUAAAGUUCAACCCGGCCACAUCUGUAGUCUCUGUUAUCAGAGGUAUCAAGAUCCUUCUAACGAACUGGCAAUUCGUUUUGGCCUAACUGCUCUUCGUGUAAAUACCUCCACUGAAGAACCUACAUCGACAUCUCAUAUAGAGACAGCAGUAUUGCGACACGUAUUAAUCAGUUCAUCAAUCCUUGAAUUUUAAUCCAUCAUGACAUUCUGGACAAUAAGCUUCCACAUUUGUGGGAACAAUGCAAGGCAAGCAUGGAUGAGUUUGGUGUGGAAGAACGUUUCCUUGAAACACCAUUUGGAAUGAAGUAUUAGUGUACAUCGGGGAUCUUGAGCUGCUUCCGUAAUGUCAUUUCAAUUCUACACUGCCAUUUCCCAACAAAAGCACCUUAUUAAUGCAGCAGGUUUCGAACCACUCUCUUUUAUACAUUUCUGACGUAAGGACAUCUCCCGUCUAAGGAAGAAACCUUAAACCAAGUUAAAACUGAUCUUCCAUAACCAGCUGUGUUGGAAAAAAAAAGAGGAAUUGCGGACACAGAGGGAUGAUGACACGUAAAGUAUGAUGUAUGUUGUUUAUAGUAGUAUAAUAAGCAAUAUGUCUGGACUAAUACUACUACUGUAACUCCCUCUAAUAUUCCUCCUAUUAAUAAUAAUGAUUGACGCCAAUCCGUUUCAGGAUGAUGUUCAGUUUUUCCUACAGGAAAUAUACAUUAUAAUACAGUGAAUAUUUUUAAGUAACAUUUUAACAUUCUUACCCAUCAUGCAAGUGUUAAAAUACGUUUGCCGCUGCUCCUUUUGAGGCAUAAAAACUUUAAUGGCAACUGACGAUGGUGAUUACCGCGUUUUUAAUAUUAGUUGUCCUGCUAGUGAAAAAGUAAGUUAUACACUAUAAAAUGUAAAAAAAAAAAAAAAACUUUGACAAGUGUGUAAUGGACAAAAGUAUUGGGACACCACUGGAGUCUUCCUACUUUGAGGUUAAUGACUCCAUAUAUCUUCUCACACGCCUUCUUGAGGAUGGCCCUUCUUUUGGAAUAAUCCAUCCAUAUAUUUUCUAUGUUGUUUAGCAGUUGCAGGGGAUAUGCUGGAGCUUAUCCCAGCUGUCUUCGGGCGAGAGGCAGGGUACACACUGGACUGGUCGCCAGCCAAUCACAGGGCACAUAUAGACAAACAACCAUUCACACUCACAUUCAUACCUAUGGACAAUUUGGAGUCACAGAGAUGCCCAAGUGGAGAAUUGAAUCUUCCCAAAAUCCUGACUGUGUGGCCAACAUGCGAACCACUCAAAGAAAAAAAUAUACCUAUUCUGACUGAACCUUGACUGACUGAGGCCUUGCGAGGUACCUUACUGUGUCAUGACCAACAUUAAGGUUAACAGUUUUUUUUACACUAUACCAGCAAAACAGCCUUAUUUACUUGUGCAUGCCAUUUCAGUCUCUUCACGGUCAUGCAUUUACAGUCCUCUGCUCUCUGUAUUGCACACACAAUAAUAAUAAUAAUAAUACAUUUUAUUUGUAUAGCGCUUUUCAAAAUACUCAAAGACACUUUACAGAAGAGUGAUUUUGAAUAAAGCAAGUAAACAGAAUAGAAGACACACCAAAAUACAGCAUUCAUUGGUUAAUACACAGUUAAAACAUGAGUAAAAGCGGGGCGGGGCACAGCAGUCAGAUAUAAAAAAGUUAGACAUUAAAAACAGAUUUAAAGAGGUGGGUUUUGAGUUGUUUUUUGAAGGUGGGAAGGUCAGGGCAAGCACGGAGUGAAUGGGGCAAAGAGUUCCAGAGGGUGGGGGGCAGCGAUGGAGAAGUAAAUGGUGCAAUCACAUUAAUUAUGUUCAACAGCGGCCUUUUAUUGUGGCCAACCUAAGGCACACUUGUGCUCACGAACACAUUUGUGAUUUGUGAAGAAUAUUUGACAAAAAAAUUUCCCGUUUUUUUUUUUUAUGAGUUUAAAUGACAUGAUAUGAUAUUUAUUUGACCAACUGUGUUGUGGGUUAUGUCUUUGUGGAUUAUUUUAGAGUCUAUCGAUUUCUCAAAGACUGACACUGCAAACCUUUGUAGAAAGUCUUCCCGCAAAAGCAGAAACUGCAAUAGCUGCAAAGGGAGCAGGACCAAUUCCAUAAUUCUUCCAUUUUUUUGUAAGUGUAGGUGUAAUGGCAAGGUGUCCCAAUAGUUUUUCCACAUCCAGUAUUUACUAAGCAGUUUUGUUGUUGCCAUAAUCAACGUAAAAGCAGGCUGUUUGCAUUACAUCUCUGGUCUUAUUAUUGGUUGUGUUAGUUGAGAAGUCAUCUAAUGUGUGCGGAGCCAUAAACCAGGGGUGUCUAAAGUAACACCAUCGAUAAACGCCACGGCAUGUUUAGUCCCAACACGCAUGAAUAAAAUAAGUAUAACCAUUUAACUUAAUGAAGUGUGUUCCAUAGGAUCAGUAUCCUCAGGUGUUCAAUGUUGUUGCCGUUUUCUAACUUUCACAUGUUCUUGUCUUAAAAUCUGUAUUUUUGGAUGUAAAAUGUACUUGUUUCUUGGCAAAUAUAUGAUUGUCGCUA